AUGACUGUGCUGCACGCACCAGCAUACCAUAAAAUGUGUUAUGAGGCAAGGUGCUGUAAUACCUACAAUACCCCAUCCUUACACGUCCGUAGUACCCCACAGGAGAUCAGGGGCCACCGCAACACGGCGGCUUCACGGCGACGAAAAAUAGUUCAAUCAAUCAAUCGUUUACCGUGCCACUGUAACCACCUAUUGGCUCUCCUGAUGCUCAAGAUCAGUGCACUCUUAUUAGGCUUGUGCUUCUCAUAUCCAUGA